AUGGCGGUGUCUCUCAAGGUGAACUUGAGGUCGAUUGGAACCACCAAGACAAUGAGGUUCGUGGGUGAGAUGUCGGUGUCCGAGAUGGCCAAGGAGAUCCGUGACAAGGUGCCCAACGCCGGCGGUAGCGACCAUGGCAUCUUCCAGCCCGGUACCAUCACGCAGAAGCCCAGAUGGCUGCGCAUCGAGAAGACUCUUCGCUUCUACGAUCUCCAGUCUGGCAUGGAGAUCGAGUACAAGAAGAGACAUCGACAGCUCAAGGUGAAACUGCUGGAUGAGACGGUGCGCACGUUCAUGAUCGACGAAUCGGCCACAGUCGCAGCCUUGACGGAGCAUGUGGGAUACAAGAUGGGCAUCAAGAACCCUGAGGAGUUCUCCUUCAAGAUCGUCAGGGAUGAUACCCAGGACUGGUUGCACCCCAACGUGACCCUCCCAGAGCAAGGCGUUACUGAAGACGAGACCGUGCUGUUGAAGAAGAAGUUCUUCUUCAACGACGCCAACGUGGAUCGUUCCGAUCCCGUCCAGCUGCACCUCCUCUACGUGCAGUCGAGAGAUGCGAUUGUGUCGGGAGACCACCCUUGCACGAAGGAUGAGGCAAGAGAUUUGGCCGCUCUUCAGUGCCAGAUCACUUUCGGUGACUGCAACGGCAAGAACAAGAACCUGGUCACUGAGAAAAAGAUCAAGGAGUUCCUACCGCCCCAGUUCCACAAGCUGAAGGGGUUCGACAAGGACAUCAUGCGCGAGUACCAGCAGAAGCUCACUGGUAUGAUCGAGGUCAACGCGAAGUACAGAUAUGUACAGCUGUGCCGAUCGCUCAAGACCUACGGUAUCACGUGCUUCCUGGUCAAGGAGAAGGACAAGAAGAAGAAGAACAAGAUGACUCCCGUGCUGCUCGGCAUCACGCGCCACGCCAUCCUGAGGAUGGACCCCGAGACGAAGGAGGUGAUCAAAGAGUUCCCGCUGCCUCACCUCAAGCAGUGGUCAGCUGCGCCCGCCGCGUUUACGAUGGACUUUGGCGACUACGAGGACUCCUACUACACUGUAAUUACCAACGAGUCCGACGCCAUCUCGCAGUUGAUUGCCGGUUACAUCGACAUCAUCCUCAAGACGAGGAAGGACGCCGCCCGCAUCAUCGAGGAGGAAGAGCCGGAGAUGGCCUUGGAAGAACACAUCGCUCCGGUGUACGGCCGAGCCUACUCCUCUGUCACGACAAACAACAUGGCCCCAGGAAUGUGGGACCCCAACACGUCGAUGGAGUACGCGCCCGGUCCGGGUGCUCUGCCAAACUACGCCAUGCAGCAACAGCAGUUCGCGAGGAUGAUGCACGUCAAGGGCCUCGAAGAAGCGGUCGUCUCGGCCACCGCGCUCGUGGAAAACUUCCAGAACCCCUCGCUUGGCGUUGCGCUGGGCCUGGCCAAGAUGCCCGUCACCCAGGCGCUCACGGCCCUCACCGGCGCCGCAGGGCAACUGGCAGCUGCGAUGAGCAACUAUACCCCCACGUCGGCCGCAACGGUCGAUGUAGCCGCACAGGUCACGCUCACAGGCCUGGGCGACCUCAUCGCCUCGGCCAAGGCGGCUGCCGAGGCGACAGACGACCCUCUGGUGGUCGACGGCGCUCGGUGCCUGACCGAGGCCAUCAGGACCAUGCUUGCGGCGGCCGCCUCCCUGAAGCGCAGCCCCACCGAACAAGUGGCGAUCGAGCAGUUCCGCGAGUCGCAGCUCGCAGUGCAGAGCGCGGCGACCCACGUGCAGGCCGCCACCGCGGGCACACUCGCUGAUCAGGUCUCGCAAAACCUGAUCCUCGAGUCGGCCAAGGCGGUUGCGGCUGCUGCCGCGGCUACCGUCACUGCGGCCGUUGCGGGGGUUGAGGGCCAGGCAGUCCCGGUGGCCACGCGCCAAGAGGUGCACGGCACGGCCAGGGCUCAGGCCUCUGCUGCCGCGAAGGUCCUCGGUAUCGCCACCGCGCUCGCGCCUGGCAUCCUGAAUCCUGCGUACACGCAGCAGAUCGCCACGGCGUGCCGAGCGCUCGCCGACGCCAACCAAGCGCUCAGCGGCUCCGUGAGGUCAGGCUGUCCCGACCCGGCGGUGUCGAAGAACGCGCAGCUGACCGAAAGGGCCAUGGCGCAGCUGCUCAAUGCCGCCGCCUCGGCCGGCAAGAAGGGCAGGGAGCCCAUCGACUUUAUCACGCCUCUCGAGGAUGUGGGCUCCAACCUGGAGCAGCUGCAGGUGGCGGCCAAGAGCAAUCCCGGCCUCAUCCCCUCCUCGGCAUCGGCUAUCCAGUCCGCGGCCAACAACCUCGUCGCUUCGACCAAGACCAUCGCCAGUGGCCUUGGACCCGAUCGUCAAGCGGCGCUGCUCGAGCGCUCCAAGAACAUCGCCGACGCGUCCAACAGAGUGGGGCAAUCGGCGCGAGCGGCCGUUGGUUCGGGCGACGCAUACAGCGCGGGUCAGGUGGUGUCGGCGGGCCAGGCCACCAUGGCCGCCGUGCAGGCGCUGCUCGCCGCUGCGCCGGAGGCCGUCAUCGAUUCCGUGGCCUACUGGUCCAAGGCCGCCGCGGCGCAGACGUCGGCGCUCAUGACCGUGGCCAUGCCGGCCAAGGCCAAGGACCCCGGGCUGAGCGCAGCCAUCGACAACGCUGCCGCGGCCGUCUCCGAUCUCGUGGAGGCCGUCAAGCAGCACAUCAACUGCGCACCCGGCGCCAGCGCCGGCGUGGUGGUGGCGGCCAAGGCCGCCACGGUGCCCGUCGCCGCUCUGCUGGGCGCCGCCGCGCAGGCGGUCAACUACAUCGAGGACCCGAGCAAGAAGGUCGGCCUCUCGCAGGCCAUUUCCGACGCCCAGGGCGCCCUCCAGAAACUGGCAACGUCGGUUAAGGCCGCGUCCGAGGCCAACCGCCCGCGCGCGCUUGUCGACGCCAGCGAGCAGCUGCGCGCCGCCACGGCCGAUCUGGACGUGGCCUACAUCGCCGCUGAGUCCGCGGCGCUCCCGCGCACCCUGGGCUACACCAUGGAGUCCUCGACCAAGGGCCUGGGCGACGCGUGCAAGGCGCUCCAGGCCAGCUCGACCGCCGCCGACGCCGCGGCCCGCCACUCCGUGGCCGCCGUCGGACCUGCGUGCAAGACCAUGACGGGCCACGUGUACCAGGUGGCCACCGCCGCCAAGGCGCUGGCCGCCUUCUCGCCCGACGCCGCCUCGCAGAAGCAGAUCGUGGCCGCGUCGAAGGGCGUCGCCGUCGCGGCGCAGGGAGUAAUGGAGGCGGCGAAGAACCUGGCCGAGAACCCCUCGAACCAGAGCUUCGAGGCCAGUUCAGCCAAGGUGCAGGAGGACAUGACCAAGGCUAUCGGCAACCUGCUCACCUCGGCGCACGGGCUCGACACAGGCGAGCUCGACGAGGCCGCUGACGUGCUGGCCGCGGAGGCC